GCAUCAGUGCAGUUGUAAUUGUGCAUACUUCAGCUUAUAUGUAAGUAGCAGUCUUUCAUUUUUUUCCUCUCAAACUCCCUCUCCAAUUUUCCCUUUUUUUUGGUUAGUGUCCACCACGAGGUUCCCAAACAUGUAUCAUGUUUUGGCCUGCCCAAAUAGCUAAUAGGCUCAUCAUCGUCCUAGUCGGCCCAAAGGACGCCGAGUUGGUUGGCCAAGAUGACCUAAACCAAAAUAAAGUUUUAACUCGUCCAAACUGGCUAGCCGAGCAAAGGUAAGCAGCCAUAGAGUUAAUGAUUCAAAGACUGCUCAAGCAAAGCUAUCAUCACGAAAGCUGCUAACAAUGACUAAAAAAGAAAUUGAGACAGCAAGAGGUCCCCACCUGACCAAUCAAGUGCAAGAGCCAUAGUCCCUCCCAAGAACAAAAUGAAUGAAGACUUCACGUGUCUGAUGGACCAACACAUAACCCACCGAGUCCAACUUCAUCACUCUCUUUCUCACUCACUCCUAAUGAAUUCAAAGCAAGCCUCAUGUCCUUCUCAUCCAAUCUAAUAGCAGGAUACGCGAUGUUUACAUUCCGACAACAAUGGACUCAAUACCAACACUUGAGCAUACGUGUAAGGUGGACAGGAAGUACCAGCCUAAAGGGGAAAAGAGAAAUGAGCACUGUGGAAAAAGCAAGGACUCAUUUCUAAAUUGGGAAAAUUGUCCUUAAGUUGGCUAAUGAACAGGAACUUGAAUACACGUCUUUCUUCCAUGUUUUAAGAUGUGAUUAUGAUCACAACUGUUUGGAAAAGUUGAAGAUUUGAGAAAUCUCUUUUUGUUGUUACUUUUCUUACUCAACUUGGCUUCUCUAUGAUGGCUAUAGCUUCUUAUUUAAACAAGCUACCCCUAAAGAAGAUCCCAAAACUUCUUCCUGCAAAGUUAGCAGUCCACAUACGCAUUCUCAUAAAAGGGUUGACUUAGCCACCCUCUAACUUCUUUAAAUUCUGGCCCAAACCUUCAAUUCCAUCAAAUCCCUUCACUUUCACAAAGAAACAACACCUUCAAUAUCAAACAAGCAGCUUAUUAAUUCCUCUUCAACUACCUUGUAACAGAAAAAUGAGAUACCAUUACCAACCAUUUAGUCUUGUUGGGGAACACAACAUUAUGUUCCUCAGAAGCUUCAUCAUCUUGUUUCUUAGUUGCAUAGUCAUUAGGCUUAGCUUGUGUCUUUCAAGUAUCCCUUCCACACUAAAAACACUUCCCCUUAAUUUAAAUUUUGAUGAAGCUAGCCUAAGGCAUGCAGCCAGGGACUUUGGUAACAGGUACCAACACCAUCCAAUGGCAGUGCUGCAUCCAGAAUCAGUUCCUGAUAUAGCUGCCACCAUAAAGCAUAUCUGGCUCAUGGGACCUAGCUCUCAUCUCACUGUUGCAGCCAGAGGCCAUGGCCACUCACUGCAGGGCCAGGCACAAGCUCAUGGAGGAAUAGUGAUCAACAUGGAAUCACUCAAGGUUAAAGAAAUGCAGGUAUAUGGAGGAAAUUCUCCAUAUGUGGAUGUCUCAGGUGGGGAACUGUGGAUAAACAUCCUGCAUGAGACUCUGAGAUACGGUUAUGCACCAAGAUCAUGGACAGAUUACCUUCAUCUUACAGUUGGUGGCACUCUCUCCAAUGCUGGUGUUAGUGGUCAGGCAUUUAAGCACGGUCCCCAGAUAAGCAAUGUUCAGCAGCUGGAGAUUGUUACAGGAACAGGGGAGGUGGUAAACUGUUCUAAGGAGCAUAAUGGGGAACUCUUUCACAGUGCUCUUGGGGGGCUCGGUCAGUUUGGCAUUAUAACCAGGGCAAGAAUUCUCCUAGAACCAGCACCUACCAAGGUAAAGUGGAUUAGAGUGCUAUACUCAGACUUCUCAGCUUUCACAAGAGACCAAGAGCAAUUAAUAUCUGCAGAAAAUGCAUUUGAUUACAUUGAAGGAUUUGUGAUAAUAAACAGAACUGGUCUGCUAAAUAACUGGAGAUCCUCCUUCAAUCCACAAGACCCAGUUCAAGCUAGUCAUUUCAAGUCAGAGGGAAGAACACUCUACUGCCUAGAAUUGGCCAAAUACUUCAGCUUGGAAGAAAUAGAUGUAGUAAAUCAGGAAGUUGAGAGAGACCUGUCCUAUUUAAGCUAUAUCCCAUCAACCCUUUUUCUAACAGAAGUCACAUAUGUAGAUUUCUUAGACAGGGUGCAUGUAUCCGAGGUCAAAUUGCGUUCAAAAGGCUUGUGGGAUGUUCCACACCCAUGGCUCAAUCUCUUUAUACCAAAAAGCAAAAUACACAGUUUCGCACAAGUCGUAUUCGGGAACAUCCUCAAAGAAACAAGCAAUGGUCCUGUCCUUAUCUACCCAGUAAACAAAUCAAAGUGGGACAACAGAACUUCUGUUGCUAUUCCAGAUGAAGAUAUUUUCUACCUAGUGGCAUUUCUUACCUCUGCUGUCCCUUCUUCCAAUGGAACUGAUGGUCUAGAAUAUAUACUAAGUCAGAAUAAAAGGAUUUUAGAAUACUGUGAAAGAGCACAACUUGGAGCAAAGCAAUAUUUACCCCACCACAGUACACAGGAAGAAUGGAGGGACCAUUUUGGUUCCAAGUGGGAAGCAUUUCUGAAAAGAAAAUCUCUUUAUGACCCACUAGCAAUACUUGCUCCUGGCCAAGGAAUAUUUCAAAAAACAGUAUCUUUCUCAUGACUGCAAGCUCCACAAUUUAUUAUUAAUAAUAAUCUGAAAAAACAAAAAAAUGCCCCUCAUGUGACAUAUGCAACAAUGAAAUUGUUCUAUGCUCACAAGGAAAUUAGAGAAAAAAAGAUUAAAAAAAAGGUAGUGGUGAGAUUAAUUAAAAAAAUUGUAUGUGUAUGUAUCAGUUUUCCAAUGCAGCAAAUUCCAGCUGAGACUAGGUCAAAAAAUUGAAUCAGAUAUUUCAGACAUGGAAGAUGCUUGUAAUGUUGAUACAAAUAGUAAGGUUCAUAACUUCUGUA